ACUCUGUCCACCUGCCUCUGACUGACUGUGUGCCACCACAUAGCUCUUCCUCACCUUAAAAAACAGCCCCAACGCAAAGCGAGCAAAUAUGGACAACUUCUAUGACACCGUCGAUCAGGAUAACGCGCAGGCCGAUCCCUGGGAGCCUGCGCGAGCCGACAACCCCGACCGAGAGCCAAAAUACGAGAACACAGGUGAGGAGAGGGAGCAGCUGCUCAGCGAGGUGCAGGUCCACUCCUCUGCGGAGGGAGGGCGCGACUCUCCGGAUUACAUGGAAGUCAGGAGCUCGGACCAGCACAACUCCUCGUCCUCCUCGUCCUCCUCAUCAUCCAGCGACGAUGAAGAGUCCAAAGCUGAGGAAGCGGCAGUAGUGGUAGAGGAAAUCAUGAAAAUGGUAGAUGUACCUAUGGUGAUGAUCGAGGAGGUGAGCAGCGAGGCGCACGACUCAUCCAGGCGCUCAUCCGUCUCCUCACAAUCCUCUUCUUCCCACGGAGACCCGUGCGACGACCCGCCAAUCCAGCAGGCAAUCCAGGAUGAGAGUAGCUCCGAGGAUGAGAUGGUGGACACCCAGGAGCCUGUGGAGUCGGUGGACCUCGUCCUCAAAACUAUGGAGACUGUCACUCUGGAUGAACCCAGCCAACCCAGCAUCCAUGUAUUCGUCAAGGCAGGCAGUGAUGGAGAAACCGUUGGCAACUGUCCUUUCUCCCAUCGUCUCUUCAUGAUCCUCUGGCUCAAAGGAGUUGUGUUCAACGUCACGACUGUUGACCUCAAGAGAAAGCCAGCUGAUGUGCACAACCUGGCCCCGGGAACGCACCCGCCUUUCCUUACUUUCAAUGGAGAGGUUAAGACAGAUAUUACCAAGAUUGAAGAGUUUCUUGAGGACAUGCUCUGCCCUCCAAAGUAUCCCAGACUGGCUGCCAGGCAGAGACAGUCCAAUACAGCUGGAAAUGACAUCUUCGCCAAGUUCUCUGCAUACAUUAGGAACACCAGCCCUCAGGCCAAUGCUGCUUUGGAAAAAGCUUUAACCAAGGCCCUGAAGAAGCUUGAUGACUAUCUUAACACCCCCUUGCCAGAGGAGAUUGAUGCUAAUAGUAUGGAGGAGGAGAAGAGCUCCAACCGAAGCUUUCUAGAUGGGGACCAGCUCACUUUAGCAGACUGCAACCUGCUGCCCAAACUACACAUACUCAAGAUUGUCGCUAAGAAGUACCGCAACUAUGACAUCCCAUCACAGAUGACAGGGGUAUGGAGGUACUUGAAGAACGCCUAUGCACGAGACGAAUUCAUCACCACCUGCGCUUCUGACUUAGAGAUUGAGCUCGCCUAUAAAGACGUGGCGAGGACACUGGAUAAGUAACUCGCCAACUGAGCUGAGCUCCAACAAAAUAAACUAACAGCACACAACUUUCAAAAGAACCCCAUCACAUAUGAACACUGUGUAUGUUCCUGUCCGUUUGUGUCAUCUCCAGUGACAUUUUCAUAAACCUAAGAUCUUUGUCUGUCAUAGCAAACAGCUCAGCUGUCUCUUUACAUAUAGGUGGAAUUGUAGUUCUUUAGCGCUCAGCUUAUAUUGUAUUUCAAUCACAUGGGCAGACAUGGCAAAACAAGUGGAGCAAAGGAUGAAUCAAACUCAUUUAACUUGAUUCAAAAGCAGUUUUCUGCUGUGAAAGUUCUGACAUAACCCUUUUCACUCAAAUGUGAUUGUGUCUGUCUACAUUUAUUUCUCAUAACACAAAGCUCUCUUUCAUACACACUCCACCACAGGGCCAAACAUUUUACUCGCAGCUGAUGUCAAGGUCGUUCACUCUAUUUAUUCCCAAGCCCACAGAAGUGUAGUCUGCCUCCAGUGUUUAUUAUCAAGCUCUGGCUCCUGGGGAGACACCUUGUUUCAUAUGUGAUUGAUGAUUAAUGCAAAAUGUUUUGCCAAACUCGGCUGUUCCAAUCUGCAGUUUCAUUUCGAUUGUCAUUCAUUACCGUAGGUGUUGCUGUAGAUUUUCCACAGGCCUAUGUGUGUCUUGAGAUUCACUCCUGUUUCUUUAAGUUUAAAUAUAUAUAACCCUAACCCUAACCUUAGACUAGUCCCUGCAGAAAAUAAUUGUAAAAUGUUUUCUGAUGAGUGAAGGCUUUUACACGGUUUGUGUCUGAAUUGCUUGCAUGCAUAGAUCUGUUGUAAUUAAAGCUGAUAUAGAAGCUUUUGAAAUGUGAAAACUCCUCAACUAGGUGCCUUUGUUAGGAAGAAUCAAAAAUCCAUGCCAAUGUCACUGAUGAACUCAUUCUGACAAAUGUAUUGCAGCCAGAACAAGACGUUUGUUUCACCUCUAGCUAUUAGUGUUCAGUCUGGGUAUUGAUUUUGUCUUAAGUUACCACAUGAUAUUAUAAAUGGAGAGACUAUUUAUUUAGCAGCCCCAAUCAGGCCUGAUUAGGUAGAGCCAUAAGUGCUGCGAUGAAAAGCAACUUCCAGGCCAGGUCCACAACGGUCAUGAGCCUUGCCCUCCAGCUCUUCAACAGAACGAUAUUUCCUCUUUUCUUAUAGGUCUAUCGACAUCUGCAGCCUAAAAGUUAAAGUUUAAAAGUUUCACUGUCCACCCAGAAAAAUAAUGGAAACUUGUCUUGGGGCUUAUCGUCUUUGGCUGCAAUUACAGUAAGACUUCCUCAAAGAGCCAUAAGGUUCUUGUGUGGUUUGGACAAACAUAUGAUAUGAAAUUGGAGCAUGAUGACUGAGAGGGCUGCUCAUUGCAAAGCUCUACAAAUAAAAUAAUAUUUUCACA